CUUCGGGUGGGGUUAGGAGAGUGCGAGGGGGGUUUGGUAGAAUAACGAACGGAUUGCCUUCUACUUUUGACGAAGACGAAUCUGAAGAAGAAGAAUAAAAGUUUAACGACGACGACGACGAAGCCGCCCGCCAUGGAUGAAAUUAUGGCGUACCAGAUCGAAACGUGGAUCGAGUAUGCCUUCUGCACAACAGUUAUGGCUCUGCGCCUUUUCGUGCGAAUCCGGAUCCGAGGGCGGAAGGGACUCGACUGGGACGACUAUCUGAUGGGGUUGGCUUUUGCAACUGUUACGGUGAUGUCGGCCGCGGCGCACAUGGUCUCGACCUAUGGCCACAACAAGGUCCCCGGCAUUGGUGAAGCAUCGAAUCCAGCGAGGCUGAAGCUCGUCACCGAGAACCCCGAGUUGGCUGAACAGCUGGCGACGGGCUCCAAGUUCUUCCUGGUAGGAUGGUUCAUGUACCCCGGAUUCGUAUGGACAUUGAAACUAUGUAUGGUUUUCUUCUUGAGGCGGCUUGUGGCCGGCAUUUGGGUGGAGAAGUUUAUCAUUCCAAUGAUGGUUUUGGUCUGUACAUGCUAUGUCAUCAUCAUCAUCGUAGUCACCACCAGCUGCCGACCUUUUUACAAAUACUGGCAGAUAUACCCUGACCCUGGAUAUAACUGUUACCCAGACACUCUUGGGCUAUAUGUAGCAGUUCUAGUCAUGAACCUGUUCACAGAUACUUGCCUUGUUCUAAUACCGCUACCAAUUAUCCGUCGAGCCAGCAUGUCUUUUUGGAAGAUGGUGGGCUUAGGCGUCCUCUUGUCGGCAGGUGUCUUUAUCAUGGUCGCCGCCAUUCUCCGAGUCUACAUGUCUAUCACGAGCCCCAGCGGCGCCACCCCUGCCUUCUGGGCCUGUCGAGAAGCAACCGUAGCCUGCUUCGUGGUCAACGCGCCCCUGCUGAUCCCCUUAUUCAAGAAGGAGUUCUGGACCGGCGAACUGAGCGAGUCGAGCACGUACAACUACAAUUCGCGCGAGGGCAACCCUGCCCAUAUCAAACUACCAGAGCGCAAGGACCGGAAGAAGUUUAGGCAUCCCACCGACAUGGAAACGUACAUCAAAGACCGAACCAUCGUCGAUGUCGAAUCAUCCAGCACUGAGUAUAUCAAUCGCCCAUCUGACUCGAACAUCCACGUGAAGAGAGAUGUGGUUAUCGAUUCAUUUGCUAACUGGAACGACCCCAAUAUCGAGCCGAUACCAAACCGAGGGUUUAAUGGUUAAGGACAUGCUGCAUAUGGAGGAGAACACGUAACGAUGGGAGUCUUAUCGAAAUUAAAAAUCCAGCCUGGCGGAGCUGCACUACCUAGUCAAGACAGACUCCAAUAUCCCCACGCCCUGCCGACAUCAACUGCGCCGCCCCCGCCUAACUUGGCGGGCCUAAUAGAAGGUGAUGGUUGAGGAUCCAAUAGGCCAAGAUAGAUAGUGCAUCGAUAGGUGAUAUACAGGAGUA